GCUCUGGUGGAAUGCCUACUGGAGCAUGCGUCCCGGUGAAAAAGUGGGAUGUACAUGGGACAUGCUCAAGGAGCUAGUCCGCGAAAAGUACUACCCCUCUUAUUAUCGGGCAGAGAUGGAGCGUCAGUUCUUAGCGCUCCAACAGGGCACUCUUACUGUUGAUGAGUACGAGAGAGAAUUUACUAGACUUGCAGCUUUCGUACCGGACCUGGUUCGCACGGAGGCCCAGAGAGCACAGCGGUUCAUCGACGGGCUUUACCCAGCAGUCCGUCAUAACAUCAUGGGGCACGGGACUCAGACCUACGCUCGCGCAGUUUCUAUCGCCCAGGAGGUGGACGCUAGCAUCAGGAGGGAGGCCGUCCGUGAUCGUGCCCAGCCAUCCGCCCCAGUUCAGCCAUUCGCAGCUCCACCAGCUUUACCAGCUGCUCAACCAGCGAAGGAGAAGAAGAGGAAGGGGAAGGGCGCACAGACUAACAGGAGGACGCGACAGAGACAGCAGCAGGUUCCACCGUGCUCGACUUGCGGACGACUUCAUCGGGGAGAGCCGCCUCAGCAGCAACAACAGAGGGGCAGACAGCAGGCCCGGGUUUAUGCGGUUGAUCAGGCAGAGGCAGCACAGCAGCCAGGUACUAUGUCAGGGAUGGUUGUGCUUAAUGAUAUUCCUGUUUUCGCUUUGUUCGAUACUGGAGCAACGCAUUCAUUCAUAUCACGACGAUGUCUUGAUGCCAUCGGAGUCCAUACCGUUACCGCUGUCGAUCCUCUCGAGGUGAGUUUAGCCUCGGGACGAAAGAUAGUGACCUCAGCUAAAGCCUCAGAUCUUAGUCUUUCCAUCGGAGGUCGUUUAUUGUCUACCGACGCGUUUGUUCUCGAGAUGAGGGACUUCGACCUUAUUCUCGGAAUGGAUUGGCUAUCCUUCUAUCAUGCGGAUAUCAGAU